CUGACCUCGUUAAGCUUGUCAUGUUUAGCAUGUAGAUGAGCGUUCCCCUCCAUCCUUCAGAUCCAGAUCUAGCUGGCUGCCCAGAUCCCAGAUCUCCCCACAAUGGUGCCGGACGACGUGCUCGCGGGCAUCCUCCGCCUCCUCGCACCAUGCGGCCUCGCCGCUUCCCGCUGCGUCUGCAAGGCAUGGCGCCGCGUCAUCGACGACCGCGGGCUGCUGCGGGCGGACCUCCUACCACGCUCGCUUGGUGGCAUCUUCCUCAACUACCAGGACAUAUGGUCCACGCAAUUCCUCUCCCGCCCCAUGACGGGCGCCACAAUCUCCGGUCGUCUGGACUACACGGUGCCCGGCGAGCCCGACCUCAUGCCGCCCAUAUACGUCCAGGAUCACUGCAAUGGCCUCCUCUUGCUCUACCACUGCGUGGUCAACCCUGCCACACGGCAGUGGGCGCACCUGCCACCUGCCCCGGACCUGCCCCAACCCCCACCUCCAGCCAUGAUCUCCAUUCCGUGCGAGCACCUCGUGUUUGACCCCACUCUGUCGCCCAACUAUUUUGAAGUGCUCAUAGUGCCCGAUGUCCCUUCCAAGAACAACGACGAAUGUGAGGAGGAAGCUGAAUGGCCGCCAUCCACAUUGAUCCUACGUAUGUUUUCAUCAAAGUCUGAAUCUUGGGAGGAGAGGACAUUUGGUCGGGAAGGGGCGGCUGCAGGGAUGUUGCCUGGCAUGGUUGGAUCACUGCGAAUUUUUUUCAAACAUUAGUCUGCCUACUGGCGAGGAGCACUCUAUAUAUGUUGCUCCGAUUGUUUUGUUAUGAGGUAACUUCUUAUACAGACACGGUCACCCAUUCAUUCUGGUUCUGCCUUUGAGCACCAUUGUAUAAGAUUGUUUAAUUAUCCUACUAUUAUUAUUGCAGAAUAUCACUGUCAAACAGUACGUACCAAGCAAUUGAAUUACCCACCGAAGAUGCAGAAUUUUAUCUAGGAAAAUCAGUCAAUGGGAUAUACUGUGCAUCGUUAUUUCAGGGUUUCCAACUUCAGGUUUGGUUCCUAAACGACCCAUGUGUUCAUGGUCAGACAAAGUGGGUGUUGAAGCAUGACAGAGAUAUCUUCUCCAUCCUUCCAAAUCUGAACUACGACAAACAACGUGAUGGACCUUGGAUCUUACAAGAAUUUCGUUAUUGGGGAAAUGAAGAUGCUGAUGAUGAUUCUCCCAUUGUGUACAACAAGGAAGCAACCGUGGAACAGAAAUUUGUGUGGGAUUCUGACAAUGAUGAUGUUCUCAAACCUGGUGGUAGGAGCAAUGACUGUUGUAUCGUUUUCCUUGGAUUUCAUCCUUACAAAGAGGUUGUCUUCUUGAGUGAUAAAUUCGACAGAGUGCUUGCUUAUAACUGGAGUAGCUCGAAGCUUCAAGAUUUGGGCAAGGUUUUCCCGAAAUUCUAUACUGACUCAAAAUCCGAUUACUACCAUCAAUAUGUAAAAGAGUCUUUCCCAUACACUCCCUGCUGGUUGGGAGAACUCCAUGAAAAAAUGAAUUUAUUAGAAGCUCACUAGAAGAAUAGAACAUGUUUUCCUGCAAGCUAGUUUACACAGAUUGUUCCUUGGAGAAGUAAAAUUUAGACAUUUCCGGUUUCUUUAUUUUCCCUAUUGUUGAGUCGAUCCUGAAU